CUACUUCUCUUGAUAAAGUUGUGGUUUUGUUUACAUUUUCAUACAACUCAUAGAAGACAAGUUCGCCUUUUCCUAACAUUUCAUGAGAAAAUAUGACCGACUGGGAAUUCGUCUUUGAUGGCGUUGUUGGAUUUUUGACCUCGCCAAUAUGGAACAUACCAAUUGUGUCGUUCAUCGAAAAGCAUUGUAUAGUUUUCGAUGGGAGUGACGAAAAUAUCAUGGCCCUCAAGGAAAUACACAAGGAGUACAGUGCUUUGGUUGAAGAGCUACUGACAAGUUAUUUGAAGGAUGUCGGUAUCGGUGAAGAGCAAUUUGUGAUGGCUUGUGAUGCAGGGUCUACAGACAAUGAUCAAAGUAAAGCUAAAGACAGACAAUCAAUAUUUGAGCAAGUCUGGGCUGGAGAAGAUUUUGAAAUGUUUAAGAGCAUGAUGGUGAAAAAGAAUUUGGAUUUAGAACUUCAAGCAUUAAGCAUCAUUCAACAAAGAAAUGGUGUCCUACCAAAGGUUUUUGAGUCAGAAAUGCCUCCAAGGACGAAAAUUUCGUCACAGAGAAACGAUAAGAACAAGGAAGAUGAACUGUUAAAGGAAGUUAUUAAAUUGUCAGAGAUGGAAUAUAAGAAAGAAAAAAACAGAAAGAAAGAGAUUGAACGUAUGGAAAAAACGCUAGCACUUUCAUCGAAAGAAGAAAGUGAGAGACUGUAUCGGAUGGCAGAAGAUGAGCUUAAAAAAAUGGAAAGAAUGGUGUUGGAGUCAUUAAAUAUAAAAGAUAAUGUUAACGAGAAGUACAAAAAUGAGAAUCAAGAGUCUUUAAGGGAUAAAGAUGACCAAUCAAUGACAAUCUCAUCAAGAUCGAAUGCAACAACCACCAAACCUACCAAGAUUCAUACCAAGGACAUACCAACAUCAGACUCUUUCGACCCGUUAUCGUUGAAAGACGAAGCAAUGGCCUCCGCGAAAAAACGAAACGAGGAGUCUUCAAGGGAUGGAGCAACCAAGUGGAAAAACCAACAUUCUAAGCUAAAAUCCGUGCCAGUUACCAUUCAUGGGACAACAAAAACAACUUUGAAGACGCAACAGAAUAAAACUGCUAUAAAAGCGGAUACCCCGGCAGAUGCAGCUAAGAACUGGUUAAACAGUGCUAUGGCUGAAGCGAAGACGCCAUCAGUAAAUGUUCUUUCUGCUGUUAAGAUCGAGGAUAAAACCUCAAUGGACGAACACAUUGCUCAGAGAGCCCAAUACAUGAGGAUACAACGCGAGAAAUUGAUCAAUCUUAAAAAACAAGAGAGGACAAAACGUCUUCAUACGUUCGAAGAAGACGCUCCGAAACGUCCAAUGUCUUCGAGAGUUGCGCGCCGCGUCACUGCAGGGACUGAGACAGAAAAAGCUCCAUCCAAUGAGAUGGACGAACAGCAACAAAAGAAGUUGGAUUUACGUCGAGCAUUGGCGGCAAGAUUGAAGAAAGAGGUUGUCAACGCAGAAUGACGAAUGAAUUGGUAAAGUUUUGAUGAAAUUCAUGGAUGCUCAUUUUAAAUACCAUGAAAUUAAUAAGUAAAUUUAGAUUUAUUUUGAUGUAGGUAUAUUGAACUGAACUGAAGAAAUGACGUGUGAAUAUUUAGUUAUUGUUUAAAUUAUCAUGUUAUUAGAAACAGAAACUAUGAGAAAUACGAUGAUUUUUGAAUGAGAAA